GAGCUCACCCCACCCCACCCCGCCCCACCCAGCAACGAUGCUGUUUCAUCUCAUCCCACCACACCCCCAGGCGGGGUUUCCGAAAGAUUUCACAUUCAACCGAAAGCGAACGAACAACAAUCCAACAAUCUGACCCACUUCAUCGCAAUGCAUCAGAAUCGCCUAAUUUUGCCUCUUCCUCUGCACCACAUGCACCGGAACAUGCCUAUACACACACACAACGGUACACAUGACUGCAAAUACCGUCGGAAAGUGCAUCGGCCGCCAUUAAGCCAGGCAGGCAGUCGGGCCGGCAGUCGGGCCGGCGGACAGGCGAUAGACAGACAGAUAGAAAGCCAGGCAGACAGGUCGAUCUGUCGGCCCAUCUGGCUCUCAGACGCUGCUCGACUCGUGACUGUCGCCACUUCAUCACUUUGCCACUUUGCCACUUCGCCGCAGUCCGCAGUCCGCAUUCCGCAGUUCGCAGUUCGCAGUUCGCCUCGUCGGCUUCAAUCGAUCGACCGACCGAGCGAAAAGCUGCCGUCCGCGGUGAGUCACCUCCUCUUGGCUUCCACGACUCGCCAAGCCGUCGCAAUGUCUCUGAGUUCGGCCGACUCGCUUCCGUCCGACCGCGUCCGUUGCCGUAGCCGCCGCCUCCCAAUCGUCAUCGUCCGCCCCACCCUCUUCCUCCUCCUCGUCCUACCCUUUCUGCUCCUCGUCACUGUCCCCGUUGACGGCCUGCGCUGCUACAGCUGCAACUCCUUCCUCAACCCCGACUGCAAUUCGCCCAAGGGAGUGAAAGAUUUGCUCAUGGAGUGCAAAAAUGACAGUGUCAGUUGUGCUGUCACCGAACAGCUUACUUCCUUAUCUGUUGAUUUUGAUGCGUUCAGUAGCAUGCGUACCGUAACUAAGCAAACCGAUGCGGUUGUCUUCUGCUAG